CUCCACCAUCUCACGGAGGAGGAAUUGGCACGCGUGGAGAACUUCGUGAUCGGCUGUCGCGGCUGCGGGAAAAUCUCCUUCGUUGGAGCCACGGACCUCCGCGGCCUUCAGCUCGACGAUGCCGUUGUGUUUUCCGACGGAGAAAUCGUGGUGUACCCGGAUGAACGCGCCAAGCCGGACGUCGGUUGCGCGCUGAACAAGCCAGCUAUCGUUGAUCUCCACGGCAUUUCCGCCGAGGUGAACGAGUCGCACGAGGACUUCUUGAAGCGUCUUGAGCGUCACACGCAGGCGUUGGGCGCAACCUUCCUGGGGUAUGACGAGGACGCGCAAGAUGGGAGCGGUGGCGUGUGGAGCUUCCGCGUGGAGCACUUC